UCAUGGCGGCUGCACGGUCAACGAUCCUUGCGUUUGCCCUAGGUCUUUCGUUUGGGGUUUUUGUCGUUACUGUUCUAAACCGCUUCAAUCAGGAGGAGACUAUGCAAAAGUUUUUUGUUCCAGAAAAGACCCAUGAAGGAGAAAUGCUAGAUAUUACACAUAAAAUGAUUCAGAGGGGAAGUAACUUCAAAGUCGAUUCACCAGUGGAUUUUAAUGUCGACAUGAAAGAUCAUCAUCACCACCUUUCUUUGAAUAAAGAGGCUCUUGAGGAGCAAAAAAAGAUAAAGAUUUUAUGCUGGGUAAUGACGAGCCCUAAAACUCUGCACGUCAAAGGCAAACCAGUUAAGGAGACUUGGGGGAAGCGCUGCAAUAUUCUUUUGUUUAUGAGCUCGGAAGCGGACCCAAAGUUCCCCGCAAUCGGACUCGAUGUUCAAGAAGGGCGCGAGAACUUGUGGUCGAAAACCCGCGCUGCUUGGGAUUAUGUUUAUACUCAUCAUCUCAACGAUGCUGACUGGUUCAUGAAAGCAGACGACGAUACGUAUGUUAUCAUCGAAAAUCUCCGACAUCUGGUGUCUAAAAUGAAUCCCGACGAACCGCAUUUCCUUGGAAGACACUUCAAAACAUUCGGAGGGUACAACAGCGGCGGGGCUGGAUAUGUAUUCAGUCGGGAAACAGUUCGUAGAUUUAAGAAAGCAUUGGGAGAUACCUCCAUUUGUUCAACUACAAGCUUUGCCGAAGAUGUGGAAGUUGGAAAAUGUCUCAAUGCCGUGGGAGUGAAACCCGACCAAACGAGAGAUUCAAGUGGAAGAGAGACGUUUAUGCCGCUCCCCCCGGAACACCACUUGAUUCCCGGUUAUUUACCCAAAGAUUUUUGGCUUUGGUCAUAUGACAGCAACCCAUACAAAGAGGGACCUGAGUGUUGUUCAGAUCAUGCCAUCACUUUCCAUUACAUUAAUCCAAACAAUAUGUAUGUUUUAGAGUACAUGGUUUACCAUCUCAGGCCUUAUGGAAUGGUUCAUGAUGAUCACUCUUCCACUGAGGGUUCUGGAGGGGCAAAACAAAAAUAAACAACUUGAUUUUUGGAAGAGUUCAAUAUGACAUACUUUCGAACCUGUAUUAAGCAGCUCGAUAUUAACAUUCUAACUCCUAGAAGUGAUUCACAUGUAACUUCUCCUUUUAAAAUUCAUACAUUAAUCAGCAAUCAAGUAAUGAGAAUACUCAGUUUAUCAGGUUACAUUGUCCCCAUCUGUUUGAAUGGUCACUCAAAGAGAACCACUCAUCAAGUGACUGACAACUCAAUACAGGUUCCACUUUAAUGUAUUUGAAAUAUAUCUAUUAGUAUAAUAUAUUUGAGAAUAGCACAUAAUGAUAAGGAGUUUUAUCCAAGAGGAGCUCAGUGUGUUUGAUUUUAUCAUAGGUUUUCAAUUUUACUUCCCUCAGAUUCUGCAUACAAUAUUUUGUUACAAUGAGUUUAAAGUGAAGGUAUGUUGAAUUAAAGCUAAGCAUAAAAAUGUACCUCCAUGGAUAUAUAUUGCAACUUGAGGUUCCUUUUUCCUUUAUGAUCACUGGUAAGGUAGUUAUGAGCUGCAGCUCAUCUUAUGGUAAUUUAGAGUAAUUUGGUUUUAUCAACUGAGUUUAUAUCAUAAAUUGGUCACAGUAAAGAGUUAUAAAAGUGAUGUUUUGAGUGUUAGCCCUUAGUGGCUCUGACAAAGGGCUACUGCUAGAUAUUACACAUAAAAUGAUUCAAAGGGGAAGGAACUUCAAAGUUACAGUUCACUUUGAAAUUUCCUCUAUGGUUUAGCGACCCUCUGAAAUGAAAAAUGUCCCAUCAAAACUAACUCAGAAGGACAAAUUGACCCAAAGUAGUCAAAUCCUAGCUCAAACCCUGCUUAUAGAAAUGGACACACUCUGAUUGGUAUGCCAUAUCUUUUUAUAAUAAUUCUGCACAAGUUAACUAUCAUACUGAAUUCAAAAUGGCCACUGCAUAGCUCUUUUGAUGUCUAUGAGGAUAAAAGUAACAGAACUUUCAUUGUUUGACAUUGGACAAUGAAUCUCCUCAAGUUCAGUUAAUCUUUACAGAUAAUUUAACAUUAUUGAAUAAUAUUCACUCCACCCUAGGUGAAUAAUUAGUGUCACGUAGAAGUUCCUCAGAGCAGGUCGUACAAUGAAAAAUACUAUGUAAAUUGAGUGGAAUUUCUGACUGGCCUAAAGUGUAUUACGAGCUUACAUGCAGAUAAUUUAUAUUCCUUUUUCUUUGUUUUGUUACAAAAGGAACAUUUAAACUGCUUUGUAAAUUAGUUCUCAUAUCCUGAAGGUUGGUUUCAGGGAUUUCAAUAAUUUCAGUGGACAUAUUUAAAGAUGGUUCAUUUAACAGAGCCAGAAAAUAUAACAGGAAUUUAAUUGUUUUUCUUGCAAAAUCAUUGAAAAUAGUUGAACAGCAGAUUUUGUAUCUUAAAUGCCUUUUAAUGUUGAACUCAUAAUGAACAAGACUUAGCCAAAGGCACUAAAUCGUUAUGUAGCAUUUGGAUGUAACAGUUAGAGAAGAAACUAUGUGCAAGGGUAAUAGUAGUUUAUUAUAGUGAAAUUGCUGCACAACCAUGGACUUCUUUGUUACCAUGUUGUAUCUUGCUAAAAUAAUAAAAGAUAUUUUCCAUUCAGUGCCAACUCAAAGCUAUUAAUAAUAACUUUUAUAUUUAUCUACAUUUGUUUACUGUAUCAAAACAUUGGUCCAAUCAUCAAAGAUGGCUUGAUUGGACAAGAAAGAAGUUUUCUUUUAAUUUUUCUUUUCACUUGGCAAAAUUUACAGCAGGAUAUUGUGAAAAGAUGGAACCAUCAAUUGUAGAGGACCUUCAUGAACUUGUUUUCACCAGCAUAAAGCAAAAGAUUUCACACACAGGAUAACAAAUAUAUUCCAUCCACCGCUCCAUGUUCUUUUGAACUGCACACUCAACUGCAUUUAUUUGAUUUGAGAAAUAUUCAUAUUAAGAUCUGGAAGGUUCAGAAGAAACUCUUGAGGGGUCUGGAAUAAACAAGUUGAAAUUGUUAAAGAUGAGUGUAUCUUCAACAAGAUAGAGAUUUUUAAAAGCCUUCAGUUAGACCUUAAGUGAUGAUAGACUGGCACAGAGAAGUCAUAAAUAUUUAUGAGAGGUUAUAGUGAACAUUCAUAAGGUCUCCUAUAUUGGUAGCUGUUUUCAUCCUGGAAGACAUUUUAUUCUGACAUCAUUUCAGCUUCAGCUGUCUUGUUUUUGGCAGCAGUUAGAGGUUGUAAAUGGCUAAAUUGUUUGUGUUUUCCAAUUGGUGUUCCUUUGAUUGUUGCAAGAGGUUCUCCAGCCCUAUUUUGUAUUAAAUAUGAACACAAUUUGAUCCAUGCAGUCUAUUACUGAUGAUUGAUCAAACUCUUUUUAUUUAACUCAGGUAUGAGAAUAA